AUGAGUAACUGGGCUCCUGGGUACGUAAAUUAUACGAAAGGAAAAAGACUUACAUUUACAAGAUCAUUACCUGAUAAUCUUUCCGUAUCAACCAUAAAUAAUAUCGAUUUGCCUCAAGAACUUCAAGUUUACGCAAAAAUUGAAGAUUUACUUAAGAAUUUGAGCAUCGAAAACUUAGAAGCAACGAUAAAUUCACUCUCACAGAUAAUGAAAGAAGAUGAAACAACGAUAUCUGUUGUUUUUAACUACGUAAGUUACUUCAAAAACUUGUUCAUGGACGACAGAUACGAGCAGCUGAUCAAAAUACUAUCAAAAGAUUACAACAUCAAAUUUGACAACGUGUACAACACUCUUUACGAACUAAACAACUUAGACAGAACUUUACUUCGAGAUCUCCCUAACGACAACAUCCAACAACUUCAAAACAUAAUAAAGCGAGAUACUUACUCUAUAAUAUCAUACGAUACCAAAGGAAGACUCAUUAAACUCUGUUUAGUCUUAGGAUUCACAAAUUGUGUCCAAUACAUGAUUCUAAAUGGUUUCGACAUCAACUCUACGCAUGCACCAUACGCAGUAUUCGGUGGGAACCUUGAAUUAAUUGAAAACCUCGAAGCGAAUAAGAUAAAAUUUGAUAACUGUCUUGAAUACAGUAUUGCAACACAUCAUAAUGAUAUAUCAGACUAUCUACUCAUGAAAUACAAAUGUGAAGAAAUAGAUGCAAAUUUGUGCUUGCAAUAUUUCAAUAUUAAAGCUUUUUAUUUUUGUUUACAAAACGGUUUGACAAAAACACCAUUUUACGAAAACGCCGUUGAUUAUGGAUACUUCGGAUUGUUAAGAUACUUAGUGAACAAUGGAAUGACACAUUAUGUUGAUAGAGCAAAAGUUUUGAAGUACUAUAUUUCGAAGGAUUUUUUUAUUGAAAAUAAAUUUAUUCUUGAAAAUUUCAAAGAUAAUUCUGAUGCAGAAAGUAAUGCGAAAAUAUUCAGAAAGAUUGUGAACACUAAUAGUGUUAAGCUUGUUAAGCUCUUUAUAUCUAAUGGUUAUGAUCCAAAUGUUAAUCUAAAAAUUGGAAAUUUGGCAAAUUUUGCUGCGAAAAAAGGAAAUGUUGAAUUCAUGAAAUUGUUGAUUUCUAAAGGUGUUAAUAUCAAUUUAACAGGUCAAGAGAUGCCUGAAACACCUCUUUCAUGUGCCGUAAUGCUUCAUAAUUAUGAAAUGGUUGAGUUACUCAUACAAAAUGGUGCAGAUCCAAAUAUUUUUGUUGAACAUUUUCCUUUGAAAACUGCUAUUUAUGGUUAUGAUGAUGAAAAUGCUUUGAUGAUCAUGAACUCCCCGAAAUUCGUCUAUAAUGAUAUAUAUGACGAAUUGUUGUUCUUCGUUCUUCAAAAGAAUAAUUUAAUUUUCGCAACAAAAUUCAUUCAAAAUGUUGAAAAAGGAAAAUUUUUGACAAAAGAAUAUUUGUUGGAAACAGCAAAGAAUGAAACAUUUUAUUUGUUUAAUAUGCUACUAGAAAACAUUAAUUUCAUUGAUUAUGACUUGUUUUGCGUGUUAACUUUCUGUUCUGGAAGAGGAUUGUUUGAAUUUGUGAAAUCUUUGAUCGAAAAAAGAAAUGCUCCUAUUGAUUAUGGUGAAGAUGUUAUUGAAAUCAAUGAAACUCCUUUGUAUUCCGCGAUUAGGAAUAAUUUCAACGAAAUUGCGAAAUAUUUAAUUGAAAAAGGUGCAAAAAUAAAUGGAUACAACAGAAACUUGGAUCCAAUGGUCGCUGCAGUAAUAAACAACAACUUUGAAAUCGUAGAAUUGCUUGUAAAUGCUGGAUCUACAAUGAGACACUUUAAUUGGGACGGACCACUUUAUAUCAUGACAUCUGACAGAAUUAAAGAGCUUCUUAAAACAAAUCCCCAAUGA